AUGGAUCCGCGGCAACGGAACUUUCCCUCUGUCGCUCAGAAUGCAGAGAGCAAUCUCCCGUCUCUCUCGCCGCAAAAAAGUCUCAGUGCCCAUCAUGAUCGUCACUUGCAGCCGAAUCUCCCUUCGCCAACGCGCACCUCAGUCUCCUCAGCCUCCUCCACCGCACCGUUCCUGCAGCAGCACCUCUCCUCCUCCCAUCCAAGAACACCGUACUUAAGCCAUCACAUUCCAUCACCUACACACUCCGCCACCCUCACCAGCCCAUCCUCUCGCUCACUACAGCUGCGCCGACACAGAGAUUUAGACCGUCUGGAGGACGUUCGCUCGUCUCGACAUUCGACUCCAUCAUCCACCUACGAGAACCCCACUCAGACUAUUGAUCCCUGGCCCCAGACCUAUUCUCCACACCCUACCUUCAACGUCGCCUCCACCGCGACCUUUUCCACUCACCUAAGCCAUCCCUUUGCGCGCCCCGUCGUUUUUGAUCGCGGCGCCUAUGAUCGCCCUACCCUAUACAACCAAUUGAUCGGGCCUGGGGCACCCAAUGAUCCCUAUAUUGAUCCUCAUAAAAAGCGAUCUUUCGGGAGCCACGAAGUGUACUAUGGUUCCAAUGGAUCUGCGUCAGUUGCCUACGACGAUCAGGAGAUCGCACGGUUACGAAGGUUGUCAACAAGAGAAAACAGCGACAAUAUCACACCCCCAUGUUCCUCUUUGUAUCGUCAUGGCGAUGAUAUACACUUUGCAAACAGAGGGGAAGCAUGGCAGCACGAAACUCGGGAGAGGCUCAAUGAUGAUCUGGAAUAUGGAGAUCACCGGGGGCGACUCAUUCCUGGUACAACGGCAGUAUCAUCAUCAUCAUCAACAACAACAAUAUCUAGUCCACAUCCCCAUUAUUCUUCAAAUCUGCAAUCGCAACUACCCUACUUGAACUCAAAGCAGAUGCGUGGACACUCUCAACAGCAACAGCAACAGCAUCAGCAUCUACAUCCGCGCCCGCAUCCUCAUCCGCACGAGUCUCCGGCGAUGUCGCCACGACAGUCGGGCUCUCAACUUUCUUUGGAUGUCACACCCACGGACAAUGUCAGUGCUCACAAUCGCCGUCAUACUGACCGAUUGCAGUCGCUUGAUCGCACACAUCCUCAUGCAGUACUGGAGCCAGAUAACGAACCACGCAGGUCCCAUCCACACCAACCACAUCCGUGGACACAAUCUUCUUCCUUGGAGCCCAGGGCAUCACUGGCCUCUCCAUUGCAUUCAAGCCUUUCCUCUUCCUGCUUUUCAUCGUCUCAGCCCCAGUCGCAGCACUUCCCCCAGCUCUAUACCUCAGGCCCUGGUUCCACAACGCAUGCAGGAGAGAAGAGUGCACUUGACGGCAUUUCAUUUCAGCAGCAACAGCAGCAACGUACGCAUCUAGACCCAAAUGAUUAUUCGCACAGCCUUAGCAGCUCCAAUUUGGAGAGACUGAACCGUCCUGAUUGCCACGAUCAUCGCGAUCAUCGCGAAUGUCGCUCCUCAUCUUUAUCUCAUCCUUACACUCACCAGCAUGAUGCAGAGCCCCCUUUCAUGCCCCUAGGGUCUUCUCCUUAUGCCACACAGCCGUACCUUCAUGCAGAUCAGGCCCAGCAAAAGCAUUCUCGUCCAGUUCAUAAUUCCAACCAGGCUAACGCUUACCCUCCACCCAGUGAACUACACGACCAGUCAUACUCUGUUCAUUCGACAUCUGUCCCGUCGUCUUCCACUGCUCUACCCUCACAUCCUCCUCCAGCUUCACCAAAAAGAUCACCACCAAUUGAGAUACCCACGUCUUCCGGGGGCGGAUUUAAUGACCAUAGCGAGGGCCCAAGACCACAUCGCCGCCAGAAUUGUCAUGAGGACCAAGAAGAUACCGAACCCGACAGCAGCAGCAGCAGCAGCAGCAGUCUGAGCAGCAGUCAGGCGCAAUGGCAGUCUUCCUCGAAAGACAUGGACAACAUGAACUACAAAUUCGGGACAGAUAUGCCUACAACGGUCGAUCUCAAGUCUGCAAUCGAAACCUGCGACAUUCUCUGUCAGUUUGCACUCCAUUAUGCCAGACAGGACCCGCAUGAGACCCGGGCCCAAUCCAAUGCUGGCGAGGAGCGGGAUUCUAAUCACCGUGCCAACCUUCAGACCAUUCGAAACUUGAAUUCAGUUAUGCUGAUGGGCGUCCAGGCCACUAGCCGUGAGGGAGCUGAUGGACGGCCCCGAGCAGGGGAUAAUGAGCAACCAGGUCGAUCAGGCGAUGCUUCAAUGGCGGAUAGUGGCGACGAUGGUAGUGACAAUGACGAGAAGUCUGAACUCAGUUUCGGAGCUGGUCCGCCUUCGAACGAGAUAGUGCACGAGCUGGCCAAGGCUGCGACGUCUAUCUUUCAGCUUGGAAUCCGUAUCAAGGCUUGGGUGAGCAUGUCGCCUAAGGAAAGGGAGCUCGAUGAGGAGAUUAACAUCAUUCGAGGCAAGCGAUGCCUCUUCAUGGAUGGUUCAGCCACACUGCCUUUGCCCAGUCUAAAUCUUCAUAAUUUCAAAGGCGAGCAGGAUCUUGCGCAAGGGCAAAAUGAGUUCAAGGGUCUGUAUGGCCGAUCCAAGAAUGCGAACUCGCCAUCGUCUGUUUCCGGACUCAAGCGACUUAGAGAUAGCAGCGCGGAUCCGCGGAUGCAGGGCGAGCGCGAGCGGAGUCAUUCACAGUUCAACACGCCUAUGGGUCCAUACAAAUCGAUUGUCUCUCCACAGGGCGGAUCAACGUUGGAUGAAAGUGGCCUGACGAGUACAAAAUCGACAGGCAGCAUCAAGAGCUUGAUUUUGGACAGCAGUGAUGGGACACAACAAAAAUACCGCAAACGAGCCAAACGCAUACACCCGCCCGGACGGUGCCUGUCAUGCGAUUCUUCAGAUACACCGGAGUGGCGACGCGGCCCCGAAGGAGCACGUACCCUGUGCAACGCCUGCGGUCUCCAUUAUGCCAAGCUACUGAAACGCCAGCAACAGCAACAGCAACAUCAGGAGCAACAGCGACAGCAGAACCAGCUCCAGUAUGACGAUCAAGGAGGAAAUAUUAGCAUAAGCAAUGUUAUCGGCAAGAGCCUUUCUCGUAUUCGGCUGCAAGCUCGCGAUGUUCAGUUUCAAAGGCGACUCAAGGAUGGUAUAUUCACAGAUGGAGUGUCGAUACCAGAAGCAGCAUCAUCGUCAUCAACAGCAGAUCUGAUGGAUCAAGACUAUCAAACCUAA